GGGUGGUCUUAGUUAGCCGAGUUCACACAGUGUUAAUCCUGAUUUGAAACCACAACAAAAUGAUUUUUAUCAAGUUUUUCACAGUGUUCACCAUUUGUCAGUUCUGCUUAACGUCGUGUAUUUGCCAGCUUUUGACAAUAUCGACGACGAACUACGAUUACGAUGGGAACAGGAUGGCGCCGAUUAUUCUAGUGCAUGGUGUGACAAAAAGCCAAAUCAUGGGCAAGUACAGUUCACCAGGGCCUCUCAAUUGUCCAGUAUCUAAUGGCUGGGAACACUUAUGGAUGAACGUUGAUAUAGCUUUCUCUGGUACUCAUUAUCAGAAAUGCUGGGCAUACAGGUUGAAAUUACUGUAUGAUCGAUCCAGACACAAGUGUACCAAUCAAGUUGGCGUCCAAACGAGAGUCGAAGGCUCGUUUGGCAGCCUCGGGGCGAGUGAUUUUGUGACGGAUAAUUUUGCAGCGAGGCUCCUUCCUGACUUUCAAUACUUCCACAAAUUCAUUACAGCAUUCGAGAUGAGGGGUUACACUAAAGAUUUCAGUCUAAAAUUGGCUCCAUAUGACUGGCGCUACGCUCCCCCACAAAUUGGGGAGACUGGGUACUACACACGAUUGACGCGGCUGAUCGAGCAAACAGCCACACAAACUGGACGAAAAGUGGCCCUCGUGGCUCACAGCAUGGGAGGCCUCGUUCUUGCCUACUUCCUCAACCAAAAACCUCAGGCCUGGAAGAACCGAUACAUUCAGGUGCUCAUCACCUCCGGCACUCCGUGGCUGGGAAGUGCCGAGGCCUUGAAUAAAUACAUCGAAGGCGAAGACUACGGUGCUCCGACAAUUGAUAAGUCAGUCAUACUAACUCUCUCACAGUCAUUUCAGUCUCUUGCAUAUCUGUUACCACAAGAGGAAGCAUUCGCAAAAACAGUUCUGGUUGAAUGGGUGCCGAAAGGGAGAAAAUACACUGCCCAAAAUUAUCAGCAGUUUUUCCAGGAUGCCGGAUUUAUAGACGGAUAUUUGAUGCGACAAGAUCUCCGCCAUCUGUACCCUGUCCCGUUGAAUCGAUUGGGGGUGAGAUACGUUUGCACGUGGGCCAAUUCCUCCAAGAUUGAAACUCCCAUCACGUAUCGGAUAAAAUCAGACAAGUUGACCGACACGAGUGACUACGAAAAGGUCAACACGGUGGGUGACGCUGUGGUUCCGCUGAAGAGUCUGCGAUAUUGCGAAAAGUUCCCUCACGCCAUAGUCAAAGGUUUUCAAGGCCACUCGCACACUGGCCUCAUCAAAUCUGAUGAGUUCUUUGACUACGUGAGCUCAGUUGUCUCUCAAGCUCAGCCCGUUGGCGCUCAAGCUCAGCCUGGUGCCUCUCAAGGUCGGCCUGGUCGCGCUCAUGGUCAACCUGGAGGAUCUCAAGGUCAACCUGGUGGAUCUCAAGCUCAGCCCAGUGGCAUUUCGACCCGAGGCUGAAUGAAUCGUGAUAACAUCUCAAUCCAUAAAGACUGAUUUCGAUCUCUUCAGCUCAAAAGGGUGCAUAUCAGGAACUUGACCAGCAAGCUGAUCAUUGAACUGAUAGAAAAAGCGAUAGUUAAAGGAGACAAGGCAAAAAUAGAGCGAUCCUAUUGGUUGUAAUUGUAGGUUCUUAUAUACUGAGGGGGAACCAUGAUGGACUAGCUAUACUGCCGUGCUAAGGAGAAACGUCGUAUGAACCAUCAGGCGUUGCCAAAUUUCCUUUCAUAAAACGCGAAU